CCAGCAGCGCGAGCGACAUCUAUGGACUGUACUGUAGAUAUGAUUCAUUAAAAUGAUUCACUGAUUCAUCUGAGUGAUUCACUUGAGAGUUGAAACUCAUGAUGGCGGACUCAAACAGCAGCACUGAUCAUGUCUCUGUGUUAUUCUCUUUCUCUGUGUUCUCACGGCCUUCAUCUGUAGCUGUUGGUUCUGGAUAUGAGGUUCUGAUCCAGAAGUUUCUCUCUCUCUAUGGACAUCAGAUCGAUAUUCAGCGUAAAUUCGUGAUUCAGUGUUUCUCGGAGGACUGGGGUCAGUACAUAGAUUUACCGAAGGGAUUUACGGUCACAGUGAGAUGUCGUCUCAGAUUAGUGCCUCUGCAGGUGGAUAUGACUCUGUUGGGAAACCUCUCAGCAGCCACCACAGUUUUCUUCUGCUGUGAUAUGCAAGAGAGAUUCAGACCUGCCAUCAAAUACUUCGGUGACAUCAUCAGUGUUGGACAGAGACUGCUGCAGGGUGCUCGGAUUCUGGGUAUUCCUGUGCUCGUGUCAGAGCAAUACCCAAAAGGUCUGGGCAGCACAGUUCAGGAGCUGGAUCUGACCGGGACUAAACUAAUUUUUCCCAAAACAAAGUUCUCCAUGGUUCUUCCCGAGGUGGAGGUCGCACUGGCUGAACUUCCUGCAGUCCGCAGUGUGGUGCUCUUUGGUGUCGAGACACACGUGUGCAUUCAGCAGACAGCUCUGGAUCUUGUAGGAAGAGGGUUUGAAGUGCACAUUGUUGCUGAUGCCACAUCAUCUAGAAGUAUGAUGGACAGAAUGUUUGCUCUAGAGCGUUUGGCCCGUACUGGAAUCAUCAUCACCACCAGUGAAUCUGUCCUGCUUCAGCUCGUGGCUGAUAAAGAUCAUCCAAAGUUUAAAGAGAUCCAGACCAUCAUUAAAGCCAGCGCUCCAGAGUCAGGCCUGCUGUCUAAAGUCUAAACACACACAGAGAGAGAGAGCAAAAACACAACCACAGCUCCUCUACACACACUGAUACAUAAAUAAAGACUCACACACAUUCAGUUUAUCAAUGGAUUCAAAUGUUCACCAGCAGAUGUUUGUCAGCAUAAAAAGUGGUCCAACUUUAAAUAUAUUUCACAUGCAGUCGAUUUAUAUUUGAUGUGCAUUAUUUAGGCUAAAGUCAUGCAUGUAAAGUGUAUUUUCAGAUGUCAUUUAGAUGAGGAAAUGUUUGUAUCUGACUGUGCUCAGAUCAGCAGAAGAGCUCCCAGUCAAACACAGCACAUUGAAUAACUGUGUUGUUUAUUCCUGAAUGUAAAUGAUGGUAUUGGACAGAUGUAUUUUGAUGUUGAUGUUUAAUAUUAAGGAUUAUUGAUAGAUUCAAGUAUGACCAUGUAUGCCAAAAAUGUCAGCUUCUGCAGAUCCUGUGUUAAGAUAGAUUCAUUUCACUAGAUCUUGUGUUAGAUCUCUCUCAUGUCAGAUAAAUGACUUUAUCUGUUAUUCUAAGAUAUUUAACUGUUAUAACACUUCUAUUUAAAUAAACACACUCAGAUAUAGAGAUGAGCAGACAAGAGACAAAG